AUGGAGGACGUGCUUGCCAAGGCAUGGGCACAAAUCAAGUGGGAGGAAGAUCAAUACAGCCACCACCGAUCUUCACCAAGCAGAAACUCUAGAAGAGACUCCAGGGUGGAAAGGAGGACGAGUGAUAGGCGGUCUGAGCCUUACCCGUCUCCACGACAAGAAUACCGGAGGAGACAGUAUGACCAACCCUACGAGACGCGACCACGUGAAAGGGCCAAGUUACCAGAGUACAACUUGUCCAUCUCACCGGCUGAGGCAGUCCUUGCUCUCAAGAAUCUAGGCAACAAAGUCAAAUGGCCAGAAAAGAUGAGGGCACCAGCCGACCAGAGAGAUAGAUCUAAGUGGUGCGAGUUUCAUGCCGACCAUGGACACCGAACAGAGGAUUGCAUUGCAUUACGAUUGGAAGUGGCGCAUUUACUCAAAGAAGGUCACCUAACUGAGUUCCUAACAGACAAGGGUCAACACACCCUCAAGCAUGGAAGUGAUAGACGAGACGAGCGCAGAGAAGUCACCCCACCCAACCCGCCAAACCAUGAGAGAACAGUCAAUGUCAUUUCUGGCGGAUCAGAGGUUAGCGGGAUUACACACUCUGCUGCAAAGAGGCAUACCAGGCAAGCCAGGUCUAGCAGAACGAGAGAAAAUAUGACUGGUCAAGCUAUGACAGACCAGCCAACCCAGACAAUCAGCUUUCAAACUACGGAAUCAGACAAGCUUCUUAACCCUCAUCAUGAUGCUCUAGUUAUUUCUAUUUAUAUUGCAAAUUGUUUAACGAAACGAGUACUGAUCGAUAACGGCAGCUCCGCCAAUAUCAUGUUUAUUAAUGCUUUCAGGGAGAUGGGUUUGAAUGAGUCAAACAUAACUAGGAAGACCGCUGUCCUCAUAGGCUUCAGCGGUGAGAGCAAGACAACCGUGGGGGAAAUCGACCUUCCCGUCUACGCCGAAGGGGUCAAUUUGUCAACUAGAUUCCUGGUGAUCGAUGCCCCUUCCGCAUUCAACGUCAUCCUCGGUCGCCCAUGGAUCCACGAUAUGGAAGCAGUCCCUUCCACCUUUCAUCAAGUGGUGAAAUUUCCGACCAAGUGGGGCGUCAAGGAGAUUAGGGGAGAACAAAAGGACUCCAGAGCCUGCUACCAGACUACCAUGAAGACAAAACAUGCUCAAUAG